UAUAUCAGAAGUCCUCUGAAUUCAACAAAGACAAGAUUGAUUUGGGAUAUCCAUCUGCCCCACGUACAGAUGAUGUGGCACUGUACGUAGGCGUCGUCAUCGCUGUGAUCAUGUGUCUGGUCAUCUCCGUCAUCGUGGCGCUGUUCGUCUACAGGAAGCACCAUCGCGACUUUGACUCUGAUAUCAUAGACACCUCGGCCCUCUACGAGGGUUUCCAGCCCGUCAGCAUCAAGACGGCUCGAACAGCUGACCUUCUGACAACACCCCCUGACCUGACCUCUGCUGCCGCCAUGUACCGCGGUCCGGUCUACGCCCUCCAUGACGUCGCAGACAAGAUUCCCAUGACCAACUCCCCCCUCUUGGACCCCCUGCCCAACCUGAAGAUCAAGGUGUACAACUCCUCUGGUCUGGUCACCCCCUCUGAGGACCUGUCUGAAUUCUCCUCCAAGCUGUCCCCUAAGCUGCCCCACUGCCUGCUGGAUGGGGACACCAUGGGGAGGAGGACCCAGACCCAGACCCUGCUCCGUACCGGCACCAGGGACCCCUCCUGUACCGCUCUGGGCUCCUUCAACUCCAUGGGUGGACACCUCAUUGUCCCCAACUCAGGGGUGAGUCUCCUAGUCCCAGCGGGGGCUGUCCCACAGGGUAGAGUGUAUGAGAUGUACGUGACUGUUCACAGGAAGGACAGCAUGAGACCCCCAGUCGAUGACUGCCAGACAGUGCUGAGUUCAGUGGUGAGCUGUGGCCCCCCAGGGGCCCUCCUGACUCGCCCAGUCAUCAUCACCAUGCACCACUGUGCUGAGGCCGAUAGUGAUUCAGCCGAGGAUUGGCUGAUCCAGCUCAAGAGCCAAUCACAGCAGGCCCAGUGGGAGGAGGUGGUGGUGGUAGGAGAGGAGAACUUCACCACUCCCUGUUACAUCCAGAUGGAUGAGGAGGCAUGUCACAUCCUGACAGAGACCCUAGGGACAUACUGCCUGGUGGGCCAGUCCUGCAGCGCGGCCACCACCAAGAGACUGAAACUGGCCAUCUUCGGCCCCGUCACCUGCCCCGCCCUUGAGUACCACAUUAGAGUUUACUGCCUGGAUGACACACAGGACUCAUUCAAAGAGGUUUUGCAGAUGGAGAAACAGAUGGGAGGGAAACUCCUGGACGAACCAAAGACACUCAACUUCAAGGACAGCACCCACAACCUGCGACUGUCCAUCCACGAUGUCCCACACACACUGUGGAAAAGCAAGCUACUAGCCAAGUACCAGGAGUUGUCAUUCCAGCAGGUGUGGUCUGGGUCCCAGAGGAACCUCCACUGUACUUUCACCCUGGAGAGGUUCUGUCCCAGCACCGUCAACCUGGCCUGUAAGCUGUGUGUUCGACAGGUGGAGGGGGAGGGGCAGAUCUUCCAGCUCGACACCACCCUCUCAGAGGACACCCAGAGUAUUGACACGUCUCUGCUGGACCCAGCCAGUAACAUCACAACCCUGGUGGGGCCCAAUGCCUUCCGCAUUCCCCUCUCCAUCAGACAGAAGCUCUGUGGCAGCCUGGACGCCCCACAGAACCGAGGAAACGACUGGAGGAUGCUGGCACACAAACUGAACCUGGACAGGUAUUUGAAUUACUUUGCCACUAAAUCCAGUCCUACGGGGUGAUUCUGGACCUUUGGGAGGCCCAACACUUCCCUGACGGGAACCUCGGCCGCCUGGCUGCCGUGCUGGAGGAGAUGGGUCGCCAUGAGAACCUCGUGCUCAUGGCAACAGACCACUGACACCCGUCCUUCAAAGAACAGGAAGUUCCAGGGAGGAGUAAGAGAUGAGUCACAGAGAAAGGUUGAGAGAGAGGAACACAGGACAGGCAGAAAUACAGGACAGGCAGAGCAAGACCUCUCUUCCAUCAGAGAACACACAUCCAUAGAGACACACACACAAACAUACACUGAACAAAAAUAUAAACGCAACAUGCAACAAUUUCAUAGGUUUUGUGAGUUACAGUUCAUAUGAGGAAAUCAGUCAAUUG